CGACAAGAUUCUGAACCAAAACUCGUUCCGCCAGAUUACGGACCGCGAAAAAAUGUAUCAAAUGCAAAUAUGUCUGGGUCUGGGAGAUUGCGCGACUUGUAAUGCUAGUCUGGCAUGACUCUGAACUCUGUAUUGCGUGGCCGCGAAGAAGUACGUAGAGCUUCUCUUGGCUGUCAUUCAAAAACGCAGUUUCUCAUGCGGAUUACGCAACUGAGAAGCACUGAUCGAAAAAUUUGUCAUGCUUGGCAGCGCAAUACAGUGUGCUCACUAUUCCCUUCCUUGCAUCACAGGUUUCCAGACGGACCCAGAUGACAUAUUUGCAAUGCAUAAAAUGGUGACUAGGCUGAAAAAUGCUGAAGAACGGAUGCUAGAGUGCGAGGAGGUCGUGGAAGCACAGCUGCAAGAUGUUGAACGCGCGUGCUCAACGUCGGCCCCGGAGGGGGGACCCUCGUCGGGUAGUGGGGACCACGAACAACAGGGCAAAACAAGAGCAAUAGCAGCAGCAUCAAGCGAGAAGAGGACCACCACGAGGAACCAGAAAGUGUUCGACGCGGGGGUGGACCUGUAUGAGAGUGCACAACUCCCACCUCUCCCCCUCAUUUGUACGGCCGGAGCAGCAAGCAAGACAAGCGGCGGCAAGAGUGCAGGUUUUGCAUGACACAUUCGCCGAGGAUUGUAGUCCUGUUCGGGAGGUUGCCAGAAUCUGUCAUGGUUGCCAGAACAAACUUUGGCAAGAAAAAUUUCGAAAAAUCCAUUUCCAGAAGGGAUAACGUGAUAUUACCUCGGGUUCUUUUCAGACGAGAUUUCGUGCGAAAAAAUGAAGACCCGCUUCUGAAUUCCACCUCCAGUCGAGGUAUUUUUUUCGCGCAUUGAGAUCGAAGAUCUUCCUAGAGGAACUUCUACAGCCCGAGGACCAGGAUCACAAGGAAAAAAAUGCCGACGCUCCUCCAUCCUACUUGAGAACAGCCACUGGUUUAU